AUGGCCGCGCAGGACACUGCAACGGCUCCGGGUGGCGCCCGGCCUUACCAGAUCAUCGUCUGGGGUGCCACCGGCUACACGGGAAGGCUGGUUUGCGAGCGGCUCGCGACGGAGUACCAGGGGAAAUGUCGGUGGGCGAUGGCGGGCAGGAACGAGGGCAAGCUGCGUGCCGUCAGGAAUGACCUCGAGAAAAUCGACGCGAGGUGCAAGGACGUCCCACUGAUCAUAGCGGAUGCAGAGGACCAGGCAUCCAUUGACAAAAUGGUGGCACAGACAGAAGUGAUAAUUGCAACAGCAGGGCCAUUCGCCCUGUGUGGUGAGUGCAUUGUGGAUGCGAGUGUGCGAAUGGGAACACACUACUGCGAUGUCACAGGUGAGACACCCUGGGUGAGAGGUAUCAUACGUAAGUACCACGACGCUGCAAAGGACAGAGGUGUCAAUAUUGUCCCCUUUUGCGGCCAAGACAGCGUGCCUUCAGACAUUGGUGCGUGGUUUGUGGUCAACCACAUGAAGACCAAGCUGGGGAGGAAAUGCGCACGUGUUGAAGGUGUCAUCACGAAACUCAAAGCCGGCCUCAGUGGAGGCACGCUGAAGACCAUAUCGCUGAUGGUGUCCAAGGAUUCAGCAGUUAUUGCAGAUCCAUACUGCCUGGAUCCCCCUGAGAGCAGGCGUGGCAGCGAUGGCCCCGAUCAGAUUUGUCCUGCCUACCAGAAGGAGCUGGGAGUUUGGACUGGCCCUUUUCUGGGGGGCGGAUUCAAUACACGUGUUGUCAGGCGAAGCAACGCAUUGCUGGGCCAUGUCUAUGGUGACGAUUUUAAGUACACAGAGUCGUGGAGUCAAGGCAGCUGGCUGAAGGCCUGCAUGUUGACGCUGCUGGUCAUGUUUGUGAUGUCGUAUUUCAAGUCCAGAUUUUUGCAGUGGCUGUUUGGGCGAUGGGCGCCCAAACCGGGUGAGGGCCCUUCCAGAGAGGAGCGAAGCAAGGGGCUCUGGGAGUUUUGCAUGGUGGGCGUCACCCAAGAGGAGGCAGGUGCCAAGCCAACCAUUGUCAAGGCAACUGUCGGGGACCCACAUGACCCAUACACCAGCACUGCCAUCAUGGUUGUGGAGAGCGCGCUGUGUAUGUCAAUGGAGCAGGAUGGGCUGAAGAAGGCCGGCGUGAUGAGGGGUGGGGUUCUCACGCCCGCCACUGCCAUGGGACCUGUCCUGCUCGAUAGGCUGCGGAACGCUGGGGUCACCAUCGCACUACAGGAGCCCGGAACCGAAGCCCAGUGA